UGCGCGCGGGCCUCGCUCUGGGCCGGAGCCUGCGCGUCCGUGUCCCCGGCGAAGGCUGCGUCUGCCGAGGACCCAGGGCGACGAGCAAGCAGGGCGAUGCUCAGGCUGCGCGGUUGCUGCGCGCGUCCCCGCGGCGCUCCGGUCCGGAAUGAGCGGAGCCGGGCGGGCAGCCGCGCCCUGCGGGUGCUGGUGGACAUGGACGGCGUGCUGGCGGACUUCGAGGGCGGCUUCCUCCGGAAGUUCCGCGCGCGCUUCCCCGAUCUGCCCUUCGUGGCGCUGGAGGACCGGCGCGGCUUCUGGGUGUCGGAGCAGUACGGACGUCUGCAGCCUGGGCUGAGCGAGAAAGCCGUCAGCAUCUGGGAGUCAAAGGAUUUCUUCUUUGAACUCGAGCCUCUGCCAGGAGCCGUGGAAGCUGUGAAGCAGAUGGCCAACCUGCAGAACACUGAUGUCUUUAUCUGCACAAGCCCCAUCAAGAUGAUCAAGUACUGUCCCUAUGAGAAGUAUGCCUGGGUGGAGAAGCACUUCGGCCCUGACUUUCUGGAACAGAUUGUGUUGACCAGAGACAAGACCGUGGUCUCUGCCGAUCUUCUCAUAGAUGACCGGCCGGACAUCACAGGGGCCGAGCCACACCCCAGCUGGGAGCACAUCCUCUUCACCUCCUGCCAUAAUCAUCACCUGCAGCUGAAGCCCCCUCGCCGGAGGCUGCACUCGUGGGCGGAUGACUGGAAGGCCAUCUUGGACAGCAAGCGGCCCCGCUGAGGGCUGCACUGCGGCUCAUGACUGGACAGCAAGCAGCCUGCUGAGGAGGGCUGUGCUGCAGCUCCCUGGCAUUUCCUGGAGGACCCAAUGGACUCCUUGAUCAAGACAACCUCUCACACACUCCCCUUCCUCUCCUGGCCCGGUCCUUGACUUGAUCUUGAGGCAGGGCUGGGAGAAAGGCAUUUGCUUCCCGGCAACUUGGCCUAACCUCAGGCAGGGGCCGUGCCACUGCCUCCCACUGCUUACAAUAGGGUGUUCUCUAAGGAACGGAGGGGCCCUGGUUCAGGAUCUGUGGCCUUUGCAAGGUAAAGACUGCAAGGGACAGACAACAGAGGGUCCCCUGGCAGGCAUGUGCCCUUCCACCUCCAACAUGGCACCUUGUCCAACUUGCCCACUUAGUCUCUUCUCUCCUCCUGGCGUUCAGUGGCCACCAGGCUCUCUUGGAGGCCAACAGUGACCCUACCUAUGGCUAGCUGUGGUCUCUUUCUCUGGUGUCCCUAGAUCCUAUUCACGGCCCAGCGAGGAGUCAGCAGGUUUGAUUAUUUGUUGACCAUGUGAGAAACAAAUACUAUUCACAUGUAGCUGCGGCCUUCUCUAACACCUGCCCAGGAUGAUCUCGUGUCCACCGACCUGUGAUGUAAGCAUCUGGGAGUCCCCCACGGGCAAACAGAGGUGGGCAUCGCUCUCCUUUGUGGUCCUCAUGUGGUACCACAUGGGCGCAAGGGCGAAAUGGCCCAAAUGGUAGCACGCCUGGCAGCCCGAUGGCUUCUUCCUCAAGCCCAGUUCCUUACCCAUGUUCUAACCCUGAGUCAGGCACAGGGCCCUUCUCUUCACGUCCCCCAAGGCCAAGUUUCCAUAGACCUAGAAGCUGCUGUCACAUCCUCAGCGUGUGUUCCUUUUGGGCUGGAUCCUUGGGAGGUGACACUUGAACCAGCCACCCCCCAGCUGUCCCCUUGAGAAGACCAGCUGCAUUCUCAGAACCCUUGUCUGAGAUGGGCAUGAUGACACACCUGCCUUCCCGGCACUUAGGUUGGCGCAGGAGUGUUGCUGUGGAUUCAAGACCAGUUAGGGUUGCAUAGCAAAGCCCUGUCUAAAAACAUUAAAAACCAGGACCCCAGUUUGUUUCUUGGCCUUCAUACUAUGCCUUCAGCACCCGUGGCAGGUGAUCUUCUGACUGCCUAGGGACCAGGCUAGGUGGACAAAAGAAUGUGGGCGAGAACCCUGCGUUCAGAGCUGGCCAGGAAUGCCAUUUCCCAUUUUUUGUUUUAAGAGCUCAUUUCUGUCACCCAGGCUAGGUAGGGAGGUCCAGGACAUCCACCACCUAGUCUGGAGAAGGAUGCCCCAGGAGUCCACUGCGUGAGCCCCUCUUGACUUGGCCUUAUGUAGCUUACCAUGCUACCACUCCACUGUUAUCCCUUAGGCUGGUUGGGGGCCCUGCCAGUGCCGUGCUGGAAGCGUGGCAGUUGUGUCUCUUGAUCCUGGAACUCUGACUCAGGCAGGGCUGCUUCUGGUGAUGGCUGACCUGGGGGCCUGGAAGAAAGCCAGUCCCUGGAGUGUGGGCGCUGUGCCUGCUCCAGAGACCCUGUGUUAUCUGACGUAAGAUCUCACUCCCGCAAGCCAUCUAUGCAGGACCAGUAAACAGUGUGAUAAAUGA